UUGACCAGCCUCCGAGCCCUCAAAUGUGUGUCCUCGAAUUAUGUCUUUGGUGGGUAAUAAGCUUGGCAAAUCCCUUGUGGUUGAACCAACAAUUACCAAGGGAAAUUUGCUCUGAACCCUACCGAGCACUAAGUGCUACGAGGCAGCAAAGCAUGGUAAGAGAUUUCUGAAAUCCAUCAAAAUCUGGGGAUUUAGAUUCUUCUGCCCAGCCUAAUGCAGAGCUGUCCUUGACUCCUGGGAGAACCUGCAACUGGGGUGCACUGCUCUGAGGUGGGGUUGGACUCCACACUACGGCCACGUCCUGGCUUGGGCCUCUAGCCUGUUCUAGCCAGUCAGCACAGGGAUGUUGGGUCACACUGGAGAGGCUGGCUGUGUACAGGAGGCCGAGUGAGCUGCCUGCUAAUGGGCCUGGGCCACCCUGUGCAGCUCCCUGGAGGCCGGACAAGGCUGGGAUUGUUCCCUGGCUCCCUUUGUCUCCCCACUCCCCUCCCAGGCCUGGCCCGCCUGCCUGGCCACUCUCCUCUCCCUCCAUCAGCCCAGCUGGCAGGAGCCUGGGCCUCCACCCGUGGAGCCCCAGGCUGCUGACCCACCAGCUUAGGAGCACCUGUCAAGCUCUGGGUAAGGAAGCUCACCUUCUGGGACUCUGACACUCCUCUUCUGGGGAAAUAGAGGUACAGCACCUGCUCCAGCCCCCAUUUCCACUGCAGCUGCACACACCCCAUUCUACUCAGAGGUCUCCAAAUCCUGCUAAGGCAAGGGACCCUGAAGGGAGACAGACCCCAGCAUCUUCCUCUCACCCUUCUCCCAGAUUAAGGACCAAGUUUGCCUUGUGCCCAGCAGGGUCCCCAGCACCCAGCUCAGGACCCGAGGGCCCCCAAACUGUUGAAUGACAGGAGCGGAGGUGCAGAGUGUGUGUAGCAAAAACAGGCACACAGAUGGACAGUUGAAGCUGGCGGCAGGAAGAGGGGUGGGGCUAGGCUGUAGAGUUGCUGGGAAGUUUGGGCCUGGGAGGUGGGGGAGUGUCCCAUUUCCUUCCUCUUGGGGCGGCUCCGCCUACCGAGCUGGCCCUGCCCCUCCACUUGUGCCAAGGAAUGUGCCUGGAGAGGCGGGCGGGGCAGCAGAGCCGGCACCGGAGGCAGCGCGCAGGUCAACGUGGAGGUGUCAGGCCACCAUGCUCAGUCUCAAGCUGCCUCAACUCCUUCGAGUGCACCAGGUCCCCAGGGUGUUCUGGGAAGAUGGCAUCAUGUCUGGCUACCGCCGCCCCACCAGCUCGGCCUUGGACUGUGUCCUCAGCUCUUUCCAGAUGACCAACGAGACGGUCAACAUCUGGACGCACUUCCUGCCCACCUGGUACUUCCUGUGGCGCCUCCUAGUGCUGGCGGGGGGCCCGGGCUUCCGCGCGGAGCCGUACCACUGGCCGCUGCUCGUCUUCCUGCUGCCCGCCUGCCUCUACCCCUUCGCGUCGUGCUGCGCGCACACCUUCAGCUCCAUGUCGCCCCGCGCGCGUCACAUCUGCUACUUCCUGGACUACGGCGCGCUCAGCCUAUACAGUCUGGGCUGCGCCUUCCCCUAUGCCGCCUACUCCAUGCCGGCCUCCUGGCUGCACGGCCGCUUGCACCAACUCUUUGUGCCUGCCGCCGCACUCAAUUCCUUCCUGUGCACCGGCCUCUCCUGCUACUCCCGGUUCCCCGAGCUAGAAAGCCCUGGGCUCAGUAAGGUCCUCCGCACAGCAGCCUUCGCCUAUCCCUUCCUGUUCGACAACCUCCCACUCUUCUAUCGGCUCGGGCUGUGCUGGGGCAGGGGCCACAACUGUGGCCAGGAGAUGCUGAGCACCAGCCAUGGCUACCACCUCUUUUGCGCGCUGCUCACUGGCUUCCUCUUUGCCUCCCACCUGCCCGAGCGCCUGGCACCAGGACGCUUUGACUACAUUGGCCACAGUCACCAGCUAUUCCACAUCUGUGCAGUGCUGGGCACCCACUUCCAGCUGGAAGCGGUGCUGGCUGAUAUGGGAUCUCGCCGAGCCUGGCUGGCCACACAGGACCCUCCCCUGGACCUGGUGGGCACAGUGGCCACACUGAGCUUGGCAGUGGCUGGAAACCUACUCAUCAUUGCCGCUUUCACAGCCUCCCUGCUUCGGGCCCCCGGUACAUGCCCUUUGCUGCAGGAUGGCCAACCAGAGGGGGGUACCCAGGCCAAACAGCAGUGAGGCCCCAUUCCUAACCCUGCCCUGGAGGAAGGCAGAGGCCAGGCCCCACUGCUGGGGAGGAGCCCAGACCUGGGCCUGAUAAGGUGGAGACAUCUCAGCCUGGAACCAAGAGUGGCUGAGGAGAGAGGGCUGAGGAGAGAAGGCAGCGGAGAAGAGGGGUGUUCAGGGGGUUGGUGGGGGGACCAGCAGAGAGUGAGAGGGACCAUGAGGGGGCUCUUGAUGGGAGUGGGGGAAGUGCUGAGGGUCUGAGAGGGGAGGUGUGUGUGUCCAGGCUGGAGCUGUACCCAUGCCCUAUUGGAGUUUGGGGUGGGGACAUGUGGGGGCCCUUUCAUCUGGCCCCAUUUCUGGCGCUCCUGGAAGUCUCUGCUCAGCCCAGGGAAGAACUAACAUGACUAACCCAGGCCUACCCUGAAUGCUUGUUAACCAGGCCGGGAUGCUGCACACUUGGCCCCCACCCCCAAACCAGGUAGUGCCCGGGUUGCCAGCAGCUGUUUGUCUAUGGUGAUGAGUCUGUCUGUCUUGGUCAUAACUGCGUACUUGAGGAGUCCAGGCUUUUGGGGACUGGGUCUAUCUGGGUGUGUCACUGACGAUAGACUGGAUUGUGGUGGGGGGAGGGGAGUGCUAGGCUGGCUGGGGGGAACCAUAGUUAGACUUUAGGAAGCCAUCCUCAAUGCUUUCUGGAACAAGGCAGGUACAAAUAAAUAAAGAAAUAACAGACUUUGGGAAGCACUUUCUGGGACCGCAAAAGGUAAAACCUUUCCACCCCCAUCCUUCUAACACCUCCCUCCCACACUCCAUAGACUGGACAGACUCAUAGGCCCACCAAUUCCUCUUCUGGAGUUUAUUCUGGAGCAGCUGGGAUGAUGGGGACCCCACACUCGUAGGGCAGGGAGGUCAGGGUGAGGGGAAGGGAAGGGACACGGUGAGGAGCCAGAGCUGGGGCUGCCAGCUGGGCCAGCAGGACGGAUGCCCUAGGCUGUGCCAUAGAAGCGCCGAUAGGCCUCCUGGAAGCCGAUGUGGUCAGCCAGCUCGUCACAGUCCGGGUUGAGCUCACACACCUCCCUCUUGGGCUCCAGGGGAUCCGGGUAUGGGUAGGGGGCUGGGGCUCUGAGAUACCAACAAAAUGGCAUCAGCCCCUGUGCAAAAUGCCCACCCCCUCCUCCCACUGCACAUAUGGGGCACCAGUCCCCGCCAGAGAGGACUGCCUAUACCCCGCCAGCAGCCCAUAGAGACCACUCCCCACUGCAGCUCCUCCCCAGCCCACCCUGCGGACGCAGGGCCCUGCCCCAACACCUCCCUUUCUCUUACCCCAGCCAGUGAUACAGGUAGCGCUUGGGUCUCUUUAUCACCUCACUGCCCUCCUGCUUGGACAUGAAGGCUGUGGAGCAGAGGGGCAGGGAUCAGGUGGGGAGCAGGCUACUUUCCUGACAGCCAGGCAAGAGGUGGCAGGAGUAGGGAAUUGGGACUGAGGGAACCAGGGUGAGAGGGGUGGUGCUGGGAGCCCCUACCAGGCCCAUCCUCAUACCUGCACCUUUGUCAGACUCUGCACUGCUGGGCUUUGCACCUGCAAAGGAAAGGAACCCGGUUCACCUCUGCUCAUCCCUAGGGCCCUCAUCCUCCUUCCCCUGCCUCUCUGGCAGCUUGCUCUUCCCUCCUCUCCGUCUACAAGGAUAGGGCUGGGGGUAAAUAGAUUGAGCCUCCAAGAGGGUGGUUAGACUCCAGAAGGGACUGCCAGUGGAAGGAGUGAGAGAGAAGCCACGGCACUUUCCCCUCAUAGCCCCCAGUGAAGUGCAUCCUGGGCGGAGGUGGGGCACUCACCUGCCAGUCCAGCGAGGCAAAGCAAGGCCAGGGCCAGCAGAGUAAGCAGUGUGAGGGCUCUCAUGGUGUGUUCGCCGGUGGCUGCGUUAGGGCUGCUGUCCAGGGCUCAGCUGGUCUGCCCCUUCCAGCCUCCAGCACUCUUUAUACCCUCCGGGCUGUGCGAGGUGGGGGGGGGCACCUGACCAUGUUGUGGGCGGGUCACAGGAAUCUGCCAGGGCUAUUUGGGGGUCAUCCGCCCCAGCUCUGUAGGCCAAACCCCAAAGGAUGUUGUGGUCGGGAGCUGUGGCUGCCUGGGCAGGGGCCUGGGAGUGAUGGAGAAGGAUGGGCCACUAUCAGACUUCCAGGCUCUCGACAUUGCCCCUUGGCCCUUCCCCAGGGCCUCUAACCCCUACUCACUCUUCCUCGGAGACCCCCAGCCUGGCUAAGCACUGGCUGGGUUCUAGGGGGGCCUAAAGAGAAGAGGGGCUCAGAGUCUGAAAUAGAUUUGAGGAGAAUUUGGCUCCAGCUCUCUCACAGCCUGUGAUUUCUACUGCAGCCCCAUGGGCAGAAGCCAAACCCCAGGGAGGGAGUGCCGGGCAAUGCCCUCAUUCACCCAGCGACUCACCAAAGGCAGCCAGUGCGGGGGCAGCCCCACUGCUCAGGCCCUGUGCGUCAAGACGGAGAAAGAGUCCGGGCAGCACGGGGCCAAGAGCCAAAAGCCAAUAUAGGUGGGGGCAGGUGUGAGAUAAGGAAGGCCUCUCGAUCUCUGGAGGAGGCCAGGUGGCUAUGACUGCCAGGUAUGCAGGGCACAGGACAGGGAGGUGGGUCACUGGGGUGGGGAGACAAGGCCUGUGAGGAGUGGGAGAUGGAGUGCACCUCUAGGCUCCUGACCCUCAGGUUCUCCUCCUGUCCUUGCAGCCUCCCCAGUGGUAACAACCUUAGGGGGAGACCUGCCCUCCCCGUAGUGCUCCCAUAAGUGAUACGAAGGCCUAUCCUUUAUGGGACAUAACAUCCCAGCCCAGAAAAACCCCAUCCCACACCUAAGAGCCACCACUGCCUCAGGUCAGCCUGGAGAGGGAAGGGUGUCCUGGCACCUUCCCCUCUGUCUGACCUGUGUCCUCACUCACCUACCCACCCACCAGGGCUCAAGACUGUCUGCCCCACCUGACAAAUAAACAAAGCACUCAAUGGAGCAUUCUGGA